AUGGAGAUUAUCUUUCUUCUAUUCGUCUAUCAAUUCUUUCAACAAUCAUUGGCCCUUUUUAAGGUCGGAGGGGUUGAGGUAGCGGGCCUCCAAAUCGAUCUUAUUCACAAGCAUCAUUAUGCCCAGAGCCACAACCAGAAUAUUGCCAUCAUCAAUAAACAUAUCGACCAGCCAUAUACCAAGAAAGUCUGUCCUGACUAUCAAAAAUCGCCAGGCGGACAAGGGCCUCUUACAGUUUACGCUGCUCGAGGAUCCCUUUUCAAGCCACAUUACCUGAAACCAGAGCUGCCUAGAACCGGAGAUACUCAAAAGGGCUAUAUCGACUGGUACGGCACCCGUGAAGUCAUUAGUUUCAACACCACGACGUUUGAUGAUAUUCUGGGCUUCCAGGAGGGUCGAAAUGGACAGGGUAAUAGGAAAAUUCUGCUACUAAGGGUACACACUGAAUAG